AUGGAAACUUCUGGGAGGGGGGAGCCGGAAAUAAACCUCAUUGAGCUUUUAAUGGUGCUACGCAUGGUGGGGUUCCAUGUUUUUACUAAUGGGUUGAUUAACUGGGUGUGGGGUUGGUGGAGGGGUGAGGCGGGCUCGGGGCUUAGCACCACGGCACGGCGCCAGCCCACCCCGCACAUAGAAGGGAACACGGGAAAGCGGAGCGCGCGGACACCACGCCUUCCGCUGGGGCGUCGCCGCUUCCGGCCACGAGGGGGCGCUCGGGGGCUCCGCGCGCCUCCCGGACUGCGGCACGGCGUGGGGUCACGUGGGCAGCGGCGCGAGGGGUGGUGCGCGCGCGGCGCGGUGAGGUCAGACGUCGUUGGCGCCGGCUUGGCCGCCCGCCAUCUUGGCCCCUGUGUGGAAGCGGCUGAGGCGCGGCGUCGCGGCGCCGGGAGCGGCAGCGGCCUCGCGGAGUCCGGGAGCCCCGGGGAGCGGGGAGGAGGCCGGAGCGCCGGCCCGCCGCGCCGCGCGCCAGGCUGAUUUUGAGGAGUGAGCAGGAGGUACCAGACUCGAUGAGUUUCCAUCGAAAUGUCG